GAGGCUUGCAGCGGGCGGGAGCCGUGCCUGAGCGGGGAACUGGGUAGGGUUGCAGGUGUCCCAGCUCAGCCGGACUAGAAGGGCCAGCGUUGGAAAGAGCAGGUACUCGGGCCGUGGGCGGCGCGAGAGGUGGAACGGAAGGUACCCGGUCAGUGGGAAGAUGCCCGGGCCUGGAACAUUGCAGAGAUCGGAGCAGGGGCGCAGCUCUGUGGAGGGACCUUCUGGUAUGUGUGUCCCUGUCCUUUCGGGGCGUGGAUGGUGCCUGGGACCCAGCCAGCAACCAGUUGAAGACGAUCUCCUUGGAAGCUCUCGGCCCCGAGGGCUCUCGCCUGGGGUGCCGAUCCUGCCAUGGCGUUCCGGAGGACUGAGGUCUGCCUUCUCCCAGCUGCGGUUGACACCAGGCCUGCGGAAGGUCCUCUUUGCCACGGCCCUGGGGACUGUGGCCUUGGCCCUGGCCGCCCACCAGCUGAAGAGGCGACGGCGGAAGAAGAAGCAGGUCGGCCCCGAGAUGGGAGGCGAGCAUCUGGGCACAGUGCCCCUCCCCAUCCUCAUGGCCAGGAAGGUCCCGUCAGUGAAGAAAGGCUACUCCAGCCGGAGGGUCCAGAGCCCCGGUAGCAAGAGCAACGACACUCUGAGCAGCAUUUCCUCCAUCGAGCCCAGCAAGCACUCGGGCUCCUCCCACAGCUUGGCCUCGAUGGUAGUGGUGAACUCAUCCAGCCCUGUGGCUGCAUGCUCGGGGCCAUGGGACACCAGAGGGAUGGAGGAGUCCGUGACCACCAGCAGCGGCAAUGCUGAGAGCCUCUACAUGCAAGGCAUGGAGCUCUUUGAGGAAGCUCUGCAGAAGUGGGAACAGGCGCUGAGCGUGGGGCAGAGGGGGGACGGCCUCCGGAACCCCGAGGCCGCUUCAGAGGCGCUGUCCGAGCCAGAGUCACAGCGAAGAGAGUUUGCGGAGAAGCUGGAGUCCCUGCUGCACCGGGCCUACCACCUGCAGGAGGAGUUCGGGUCCACCCUGCCGGCCGACAACGUGCUGCUGGAGCUCGAGCGGACCCUCAUGCUGCCCCUGACCGAGGGCUCGCUGCAUCUGCGGGCGGACCAUGAGGACAGCCUGACCUCAGAGGAUUCCUUCUUCUCCGCCACUGAGCUCUUUGAGCCCCUGCAGGUGGGAGAUUACCCGAGCCCACUCUCCAGGCCUGCCGCCGCCUACGAGGAGGCCCUGCAGCUGGUGAAGGAGGGCAGAGUGCCCUGCCGGACCCUCAGGACAGAACUGCUGGGCUGCUACAGUGACCAGGACUUCCUGGCCAAGCUGCACUGUGUGCGACAAGCCUUCGAGGGCCUCCUGGAGGACAAGAGUCACCAGUUUUUCUUCGGGGAGGUUGGCCGGCAGAUGGUGACGGGCCUGAUGACCAAGGCUGAGAAGAGCCCCAAAGGCUUCCUGGAGAGCUACGAGGAGAUGCUGAGCUACGCCCUGCGGCCGGAGACCUGGGCCACCACGCGGCUGGAGCUGGAGGGCCGAGGGCCCCUACACACCCCGCCUGCUCUGCCCUCAGAGCACUGCUGCCCCCUGCAGGUGGUGUGCAUGAGCUUCUUCGACAUCGUGCUGGACUUCAUCCUCAUGGACGCCUUCGAGGACCUGGAAAACCCCCCGUCCUCGGUGCUCGCCGUCCUGAGGAACCGCUGGCUCUCGGACAGCUUCAAGGAGACGGCCCUGGCCACUGCUUGCUGGUCUGUCCUGAAAGCCAAGAGGAGGCUGCUGAUGGUGCCUGAUGGCUUCAUCUCCCAUUUCUACUCCGUAUCGGAGCACGUUAGCCCCGUCCUAGCCUUCGGCUUCCUCGGACCCAAGCCUCAGCUCUCUGAAGUCUGUGCUUUCUUUAAGCACCAGAUCGUGCAGUACCUGAGGGACAUGUUCGACCUGGACAACGUACGCUACACGUCGGUGCCGGCGCUGGCGGACGACAUCCUCCAGCUGUCCCGGCGCCGCAGCGAGAUCCUGCUCGGCUACCUGGGGGCGCCGGUGGCCAACAGCAUUGGCCUGAACGGUGUGCUGCCCCGAGAGAACGGGCCCCCAGAGGUGCUGCAGUAGUGGUGGGGGUGGACCGGGAGGGGUGGCUGGCCGGUCCUCAGUCACGUGGCUGAUGGCAGAGAGAAGGCCUUAGGGUUGGCAUUGGAGGCCUGGGUGUCUGGCCGUCAGCAGUGGCAGAGCCCGGGCCAUGGUGGCCAAGCGUGCUCGCCCCUGACCUCGCCCCCACCCCAACCUCCAUCACCCGGGAAUCCCCGAGGCCCAGGGGAUAAACUUCCUCGGAGCGGCGUGGAGCCCCGAGGGGCCCGCCUCAGCUCUUCGUGGGAAAGCAGAGGCUGGACCAGUGGCCAGCAGGGCCUGAGGCGUUGUGAGGAGAACCAGGACGGCAGAGAUGGGAUGCCCUGGGGGUGGGUGCCCAAAACCUCCUGCCACCCCAGGGCUGCUGAGUGGGGCUGGGGGGGUGUGGAUGAAAGAGGGGGUGGCCGGGCGCUGCCGUGGUGGAUCCUGGGCUGGACAGUCUAAGAUCCAGGCAUCUGCCUGGCCAGUCCUGACGGCCCGCUGCCACCCGAGAGAAUGUGCUGCUCCAGAGACAGAGGGUGGGAGCCGCUGAGUGUGGC